AUGGGUGCCCAACCACCAACCUUCUACGAAGCUCUAAAAACGAGACAGAGAAACCUUUGGAUUAAGAUAUUUUGGGUUGAUCUUGAAGAUCUUGAUCUUUAUUCCGACAUUCCUUUAGGAUUUGUUUUCAACAUUGUAUUAUUAUUAUUUAUUUGUAUUUGUAUUACCAACAACCAUGACAUUCAACAUGUAAACUCUCAAGUAUUAUCUUCAUCAGAGUUAAGCUCGGCACAAUGGAUCGUUCAACAAUACCAACUGUCUGUAGCACAAGACUCAAACUCUAUUUGUAUUAGUUCCUUUUUUAAAUGUGGUACUGGUACUGACGGAGCAUUUCACUUGUUAGCAGUUAAUGUACAACCUAGAUCAUUACUGCCAUCAGGUACACCAUCAAACACGUUGGUAUCACUUGAUCUGUCACAAGUAACAUCAAUCGUACUUCAACCAUUCACUAGUGUUGUCACUGAUCCAUCACUCGAUAUUAUGAGCAAAUUAAAGAAUAUGCCACUCUUACAAACAGCCCAAUUUAUUCAUGACACCACUUUUACAACCAUUCCAAAUGAUUUCAUGAUUGAUAAACCUAUCCUAAACAAAAUAUAUAUUGCAUCAGUAAAUUUAGAGUCAGCAUCAAAUCUAUUUAAUGGAUCUAAUAUUGAAGUUAUAGAUAUUGUUGUGAGUAAGAUUAAUAGUCUUGUUUUGGAUACAUCGUUUUAUUAUCCAAAAUUACAAACUCUUACGAUUGCCAUUCAAUGUGACAAUCCUCUAAAUUGGGUGAUUACCAAUACUUCAUUCCCUGCUCUUUUAGAUUUAUAUAUUUCAAGUACAAUAUGCAACAAAAAUGUAAUUGUUGAUAUAUUGAUGCCGAUGAGAUCGGUGGGUACUAUGAAUCAACCAACCUCACCUUCGACAAUGGGUUACAUUAAAACAAAUUUAUUGUAUCCCGAAAAAGUAGAAUACUAUACAUUUGGAGGUUACUUGGCCCAAUAUAACACUCCCAACAUGUCUCUUUUUACAAAUCUUAAAUCAUUUAAUAUUGAUCCAUCACAUAUUUCUACUAUUCCAAAUAUACCUAUACCAAAACUAAUAACAACCUUUAUGAUCAAGAAUGGGUUAAUUGGAACACUACCUCCAAACCUUUUAGACAAUGUACCGACAAAGGCUGGUAUAUCAUUUUCUGGUAAUCAGAAUCUAGUAGGUCCCAUUACAGAAUCGUAUUGCAGUGUCAAUUUCUUAUCGAUAUUGAAUACAUCCAUUACAACCAUUCCCGAUUGUUUUUGGUGUUAUCCAGGUAUGAUUGACACGACUUUAACCAAACCUUCAAAUAUUCAAUGUAUACCACGUAUCGACAGUUUUAAUUUGUACUCUUAUUUUGGUGUAUUUAAUAUUACUGGUAGUUUACUAGGUUGGGCAAAGGGUAUCACAACCCCUACUCCCAGCACCACAUAUACUAUACCAAACAAACUUUUAUCAUUUUUUAUGAACCUUACAUUAGGAUACCAACAAACUUUUUCCAUUUCAUUGAUACAAUCACUUCCAAAUUAUGUAUUCUCAGUCAAGGAAACUACUUUUACAUUUGGAACUAGAACUACUAUCAGUCAAAAUGCAAAUUCUGUUGAAUUGAAUGUUACCUUUAGUGAUGGAACGAUUACAGACCCUGAAAUUACACCAUCACUCCUAGUUGAUACUUCUCCAUGCAUAGUGAAACAAAUUUACUCUGACAAUACAAUUAAUUGUGUUGCCACUAUCCUACCAAAUUCAUCCAAUAUGAUUUAUGCUUCAAAUUCAUUCUUUUCAACAAAAUCAUCUUUUACUAAAUAUACAUUUGUAACAGCUGUAGAAUUACAACCAAUUAUAUACCCUCCAACUAGUUUAAAACUACAUGGAUUUUUUGGGAAUUUAAAACUACCACAAGAUUAUGUGUAUAUUAGAUCAAAUCAGACAGACUAUCUUUGUAAUAUUACUAGAUUUGAAAGUAGUAUUAUUGAAUGUACCUUAACAUCACAACCACCAUCUGGACAAAUGUCACUGGGUGUAGUCGUUUAUAAUGGGAACUUUACAUCAGAUAGUCUUGUCUAUAUCCCCUAUCCACUACCACCAAAUGAUAAUUGUGUAAAUAGAACAAAUAAUUGUAAUGGACAUGGUCAAUGUAUAAAUGGUCAAUGUGUAUGUGACCAAGGUUAUUAUGAUGAUUGUAAAUUUCAAACUGAUCCAAAUAUUAUAGUUGAAACAAAUAGAUCAAGUCCAUCAUUUUCAUUUAAAGAUUAUUCAUUUUCAUUUAAUAUAUUAUCGAUUCAAGAAUUGGAUUUGGAUGAUGUAGUGAUUAGAGAAUUAAAUACAAACUCUUGGAAUUCUAGUGAAUCUGUGUAUUCGACAUACUCUUCGAUUGUGUAUGUAUUGACAUCACACCAAAAUCAAUCGGUUACUGUUAAUGCAACUGAUUUCCUCAAUACCAAUGUUACCACAUACUUUGAAUUUUCAAAUCAAUCAAGGUCAGUUUCAUUUGGUGGACAGGAUAUUCAGCUGGCAAGUGGGUCGAUCAAGAUAUCGGUUAAUAUCACAAACUGGCCAUUCGUAUCGGUACUGACACACCUGAGAGUGGUAUUUUCAACCAUUAUCAACACCGACCAACAAAAUAUUAUUGGGUGUGAUGAUUCGGCCAACAGUAUCAAUCCAUUUGAAAACUUUGCCAAUGGUGAUUCGUUGCAGUACCUCAGAGUCGUCAAAAACACAACACAAUUCUUUGGACGAUUCUUGGAUUACAGUGUCUCUGAUGGAAGAAGGACCUAUUCAAAGACACAGGUAUUAAACGUCACUAAAAAGGAUGCCGAAGAGUCUAUUGCAACUAUUGGUAUUAGUCUACCACAAUCACAACAAUCUAUAUUGGAUCCUGAUUUCAGUGCUCUGUUGGUUAAUCCUAAAAGCUAUUGUGAUUCCAAUACCAAAAAUGAUAAUUGGAAGAUGAUUGUUGGUAUCGUGGUUGGAGUGGUCGGUGGUUUAUGUCUUGCCAUCGUCCUUUUCUUUAUCAUUAAAAGUAAUAGAUAUUAUUGUAUUCGUCGCGAAAAGAUUCUUGAAUCUAAAAUGAAAUCAACAAUCUUUACAAAUAAUAAAUAA